UUGCCCCCACACCCUACAGGGACUUGCUGAGAAGCGUAGUCCCACGGAUCAAGGCGCGCACUAGCAACGCUUGGCAGGGCCCAAACAUACUACGACUCCCAGAAGCCUGCGGUCUAUGUUUCGGCGCCUGGGCUGGAUGGACCUGUGGCUUCGGCAUCGCCCGCGCGGCUCGAAGGGGACGUGCCGAGUUACGCGCUGGAAUGUAUUGACUCUCGCGCGCUCUAGCGGGGAAAUGGCGCGGAGGCGGAUUAAAUUCCACAACUUUAUUAUGCAGAAGUUCAGGACGGGUUUCUUCCCAACCCGGCGACAGGCGGGAGAGAGAGAGAGAGAGAGAGAUGCACUUGGCGACCGAGGCGUGGAUUUCUCUCAAGUCCCAUUUUGUCACCGUACCUUUAAUUUCAUUAACUAAAAGGACCGGCAUUGCCCUGCCCGCAGGAGGAUGCAGUGGGAUUACAGAGCAGGCUAGCUGCAGAAAUCGGAGCACGGCCUCGGCGUGGAGGAGCUGCAAGCAUUUCCGUUGCUCCACCCGAAAUAGGUGUCCGCUUAAUGUCCGUUAAUGGCAAUUGUGCUCGUCGUGAUCGCCUUCUGGUGGGUGGCGCCGCUUCGUUUCCUUUCUGAAAAUUUCAGCACCUUCCUUUCCUGUCACACCUUUUAGUAAAGUUGCUACUAGAAGGCUGCUCUCUAGUAGGUAGCUCCACCGCACUCUUCAGCCUUUCCGAAUAUGACUGUGUUUAAUUAUAUUUCUGUGCCUGUUUCAACCUGCUCCGCCGUGGCCUCUCUUCCGAUGCCCCCACGUGGAGCAGCAGCUCUCCUCCGGAUUGACUAAAACCGUUGCAGAUUUCUUCCCUUUUUAUUCACCGCUGGUAAGCACCAUUCUCAAGUCUGCCCCUCCUCCGCCCAUAUUAACAACCCUCGGAGGAUUUCUUUUAGGCUGUCAUGUUAUGUGAAAGGGCGCUCCCUUGAAUUUAGUGGGUCUUUUCAAGUUUGGGUGCUUCCAGACAAGAGUUUGUUGUGGAACUGGCACAUGGACAUCUUUGCAGUGACCAGUGUCAUCAAAAUGGCAGCCUGUACUUCAAUAAAUGUAUGAACAAAUCUGGGGUUCCCUUUACCAUUUACCAUGAAAUUAUUAUUAUUAUUAUUACUAUGGAAAAUCCAAUAAAUAUGUUUCACCUGUUACACAUCCACAGUCACCCUGGUGUGAAAAGUCAUCAGCAGCUCUUUUGUUUCAUGGUGGGUGGUUUGUCACAAGUGUGCUGUUUCUGGCAGGUGGUCUCUAAUACCACAUCCAUACUUCUGUUUUGCUCCUUACCUGGGCACAGGGUUUGUUUCCAAUGCCAAACAAAAGACGCUUGUCUCCACCUAUUGCCACAUGCUGAAAGCAUGCCUGGAUUCAAACAACCUGGUUUGGAGGAGCUAUCCUCUCAAGACCUUCACAAUGUGCACACCAGACGUACAAUAAUCCAGUGAUCUUGCACAUGACCUCAUUAUGAUAGGUCACAAUCCCACCAUACAUUUAAACUUUUAAAGAACAAGGUUCCCCCAAAUAAUCCUGGAAACUCUGGUUUGUUAAGGUUGCUGGGAAUUGUAGUUCUACAAGGGAUAAACUACAAUUCUCAGGAUUCUUUGGAGGAAGCCAUGUGUUUUAAAUGAAUGGUUUGAGUGCGACAAUGAGUUCAAUAUUUCAUUGCAGUUGUGCGUUUCCACCUCCUACUUCAACUCCACCAAAUCAAAUUCCAGAUUGAUAUACGGUACGUAAAUGCCACUCUUUCACAAAACCUGUGUUGUUGUUUUUAAAUGAAAUGGAUAUUUCCUCCCCUCCACCCUGCAUCCCUUGAAAGUACAAGCCUAUUGUGAAGCAUGAUAACUAAGGACUAGUAACAUUUGCUAUUGCGUAUUUCCGGUGAAUUGCAUAUUUUAAAAUGCAUGUGUAGGGGUACAGAAAUAUCAAUGUGCAUGCCCAGUACAUAAAGGGCAGGGCUUUCGGAGGGGAGAGACAAAAAACACAGCCCAUGUGCAUUCUGUGUGAAGCUCUGCCCAUUGGUGUGAAUGGCAAGCAGUGUCCAUGCCAUAGCUGCCAAGUUAUCCCUUUUUUACAGGGAUUUUCCCUUAUGCUGAAUAGGCUUCCUCGCGAGAAAAGGGAAAACUUGGCAGCUAUGGUCCAUGCCUGGGGUCAGAAGUGCAUGAAAGCUAGUGUGCCAAUCACACACAGAAAAAUCAGGCCUGAUUGUUCAGACGAUUCAACACAGUUCAAUGCCAGAUGCAUAGCAUCCAAACAGUGUCUGUCAUGAUGGUAAACAUAUAAAAAUGAACUAAUUAGUUGGCAAUCUAAAUGGUACAUGCCCUGUUACUGUUGGAGAAAGCUUUACCUAUUGAAUUUCUGCUUGUCAGGAGCAAAAGGUGGCUUAUAUCUAAAUUGGAAUUGCCCUUCUUUUGAUUAAUGUGUAUGUAAAUACAUUCAAGGAAACAAAAUUGGUUGGGAUAUCUACUUUCCAAAUCAACAUAUUUUCAGCAAUAACUUAUCUGUUCCAAGACUGUGUAAAUAGCCACACAUUUUCUUGGCAGUGCCCCUAUUCGUUUGUUUGUUUUAAAAAGUAUUUUUACUUGCUCUUCUUCAUUUUUUUAAAGGGCUCUUAGAGCAGCUUACAACAAUCAUCAGAAGACGGUCCAUGCCCUUGAACUUUCAGGCUAAAAGACGCAGCCCAAAAGGAAAAGGGAUUGGGCAGGACAAGGAAAAAAACUAAAUUCAGACACUAUUUCUUAUAAGUGUUAUUUCAAAUAAGUUUGAAUAAGAGCUUUCUUCUAGCACGUAAGGUUGAAGCAAGCUCCCUGCAGCUGCUUCCUCUCUGGCCAAGGGAUGGGACCAGGUUGGGUCUCCACUUUGGCAUGAUGUGUGUGUAAACGACAGUUUCCCAGUGGUCCUUGGGCUCCUGGCCACAUGCCUUUAAAGCUGAAAAGUAGGCAGAAAGCAGCAGGUACUGCUUUUCUUCAGAGCUAUGACCCAUAUACCCAAAUAACAGAGCUAUGACCCAUUUAAAGUGCACAUCCUCAUUCUCUGUCCCCAGGCUGUGCACUCCCUUUUGCUCUGUUGUUCACUCCUUUAGGGAUUCUGCUCUUCUGAAGUUCCUUCUUCUAUCCCUUUGUGGAUGUGGCUGCCUUGGGCUUGAAGUUGCAGGUAUAACCCUGCAAACAGUCUCCAUAGGCUCUUGCUUUGCACCCUGUGCUGGCUUUCUUUCUUUCUUUCUUUCUUUCUUUCUUUCUUUCUUUCUUUCUUUCUUUCUUUCUUUCUUUCAGGUUUUUUCCACCGUUGGGGCUUGUUCACUGGGGAGGGUUUCUGAGAACAUGGGGCGUAGCACCCAUCAGGCCACUUACAGGAAGGGUUAGGCUUCUGAGUCAGGGCCAGCUUGGACUGGCUGGGAGCAAUUUCCUAACUUGACAUUGCAUCAUACUGAUUUUUUUAAAAAACAAAAUAUUCUGAGUGUUUUGUGUCAGCUGGGACCUGGGGAAGGGGCCAACCCACUGGUUGAAGAAGAAAGAGCUGGGAAAGAAAGAGUGGAGAGGUACUUAAGGAGGUCUACUCAGAUAGGUCUCCCAUGAGCAACUGUACCCCAGGCCCUCUAAACGUCUCCCUCCUGUCUCUGCAGAAUUAUUCCUGACACGUGAGCUCUGGGUAAAUAUUUGGCCAGUGGGGUCAGGGGGGCUCUGUGCCUUUGCUUCCUGCUGGGAUAUUCCUGUGUGCACAGCCCAGCUGGCAGAUCCAUUUGGCAAGGCUGGGAAGGCUGGCGGCGCUGCCAGUGGGAAUCAUGCAGGCCGUGGGUGCUCUGCUCCUUCUGUUGGGCUGUACCUUCAGCACAGGCCAGCGUUCUCCUCUGAAUGACUUCCAGAAACUAAAAGCGACUAAGCUAAUCUAUUUGUCCCACCAGAGGGCAGAGCAGCCCAAGGCCUUAGAAGAGUGUGCACGGGGUUGUGUCUUGUGGCUUGACUGCAGAGCCUUCCACUACAGCUUGCACAGCAAUCGAUGCCAGCUGCUGAAUUUCACCCAGAAUACACCCCACACUCAGUUGCAGAGGAAUGUCCACUAUGACCUCUACCAGAAAAAAGGUUACAUAAGGCGCUGCAUCAUGGGAAAUGGGACAAGCUACAGAGGGAACCAAUCGGUGACUGAGAAGGGGAAAACCUGUCAACAUUGGGGCAAAAAGACUCCGCACGACCACAGGUUUUCCCCAUCACGAUAUAAUGGGUUAGAAGAAAAUUAUUGCCGAAAUCCUGAUGAUGAUAAACAUGGCCCUUGGUGCUACACAACUGACCCUGCAACCCGGCACCAAAGCUGUGGCAUCAAGAAAUGUGAAAAUGCUGCAUGUCUGUCAUGUAACGGGGAGGACUAUCGUGGCUUCGUGGAUCAUACUGAGUCUGGCAGAGAGUGCCAACGCUGGGACCUGCAACACCCCCACAGGCACCCAUACCAGCCAAACAAAUACCCCGAUAAAGACCUAGAGGACAAUUACUGCCGUAAUCCAGACAGUUCUGAGCGUCCUUGGUGUUACACAACAGAUCCAACUAAGGAGCGAGAUUAUUGCCACAUUCGGAAAUGCAUAGAGAAGCGCCGACACCUCCAGUCUACAACCAGCUGCUUCAGAAUGAAAGGAGAAGACUAUCGAGGCAAAGUGAACACCACUGCAACAGGAAUCCGCUGCCAACGCUGGGACUCUCAGAUACCUCACCGUCACCAUUUCCUGCCUGAGAAAUAUGAGUGCAAGGGCCUUAAGGAGAAUUAUUGCCGGAAUCCGGAUGGCUCAGAGGCUCCCUGGUGUUUCACUAGCCUCCCCAACAUGAGGACAGCCUUUUGCUUGCAGAUCAAACGCUGUGCUGAGGAUGUGCAGACAGAAGACUGUUACCAUGGAAAUGGAGUCGAAUAUCGAGGCACCGUUAGUAACACCCGGAAGGGAAUCACUUGCCAGAAGUGGAAAGAGCAGUCACCUCACAAACCACAGGUCUUCCCUGUCAUGUUCCCCAGUGUGCAUCUUGAAGAAAAUUAUUGCCGCAACCCUGACAAUGACAGCCAUGGCCCCUGGUGCUACACCAUGGAUCACAAAACUCAGUUUGAUUACUGUGCUAUUAAGCCAUGUGCCGGUGACAAAAAGCCGCCCAACUUGCUGAACCCGGAUAACGUGGUCUUUGACCAAUGUGGCAGGAGGGACGAACGAGUGCAGCUUCGGGCUCGUAUUGUGGGCGGGCAACCUGGGAAUUCACCUUGGACGGUCAGCAUCCGCAAUCGGGAAUUAGUCCACUUCUGUGGAGGAUCGUUGGUGAAUGAGCAGUGGGUCAUUAGCACACGCCAGUGCUUCUCUUCCUGUGAAGCUGACUUGUCUGGUUAUGAAGUCUGGCUUGGGACACUCUUUAGGAACCCUGGUCCCAAUGAUCCUGACAAACAGGCCAUUCCCAUCUCCAAGAUUGUGUGUGGCCCCUCCGAGUCUCUUCUGGUGAUGCUGAAACUGGAGAGGCCAGCAAUUCUGAACCAGCGUGUGGCACUGAUCUGUCUCCCCCCUGAGCGUUACAUUGUGCCUGCGAACACCAUAUGUGAGAUUGCAGGAUGGGGAGACACCAGAGGCACUGGUAAUGAAAAUGUCCUCAAUGUGGCCAAGCUGCCAAUCAUGAGCAACCAAGACUGCAAUGUGGCUCUUCGAGGCCGUGUGAAGGAGAGUGAAUUGUGCACAGCGCCCUUGAAUGUACCUGUGGGGGCCUGUGAGCGUGACUUUGGAGGCCCCUUGGCUUGCUUGACUCAUGACUGCUGGGUGUUGGAAGGUGUGAUCACCCCCAACCGCGUGUGCGCUCACAAAGAGAAGCCUGCCACCUUCAUCCGUGUCUCCCUUUAUGUUGACUGGAUCAACAAAGUAAUGAAGUUGAGCUGAGCUGUGUGGCUGGAACCAACUCACCAUGAAGUCUUCCUUCCUCCAGAAUCACCAUCCUUGAGAUCUGAGGUCCUUUAAUAAGGAUCAGUGUUGCCAAAUGGGAGGACGUUUUCCAAGCCAGGCUGUGAACUUUGGGGGAACUUUGUGCUGAGCCUGCCCUUUUGGAACACACAGGCGAUGCUUUUGAAACAAAUGCUGCCAUAACCCCAGACACACUUUCCUUCUCCUUCUACAGGAAUAGCUGUCAUGGAAUCACAGGUACAUCAAUAGAACAAAACGCCACCAAACUAAUACAGUAGUAAUUUAUUUGGAUGCAUUGCAGCACAAUCCCAUGUAUCACAGAAUUGUAGAGUUGGAAGGCACCACUAGGGUCAUCUAGUCCAACCCCUGCAAUGCAGGAAUCUUUUUGCCCAAUGUGGGGCUCAAACACACAACCUUGAGAUUCAGAGUCUCGUGCUCUACAACUUGAGCUAUCCCAGGUGUAUUUAGUUUAAAAAUCAUUUUGAGUCAGGCUUCUACAUUGGUUUAUGUACCUCCCAUAUAGAAACACACACUUUCAGAAGGUUUGAACAAAUAAUAUUGGUGUCAUUCUCUCUCCAGCAGCAACCCCAUUGCAGUAGCUCUUUUACACACUUUCCCAUCUCUUUGAAGGAAGGUUCCCUCUCUCCCUCCCAGGGACUGUCAUAUAGGCUGAGGCCACACCACAGGCUUCAUGUCAUUGCAUCCCUCACUAAGCAAGGCACUGGAGAACUUCCUAAGAACUUCCUAAGAACUUCCACCUGUCUGUCUUUCUUGUUAC